AUGCAGCCAGAUAGAAGGAGGUGUUGGCGUUACCAAGUAGAUGCUGGCUGGGCAUGGGUAGUGUGUUUUGCUUCGUUUUUCGCGCAUUCCGUGCUGUUUGGAACAAUACAGUCGUUUGGUACGCUGUUUAUCUCGCUUCUAAAUGAAUUUAAAUCUGGGGAGUCUGCAACAGGUAAGCCGAUAUAAUUUCUUAUGGACGUGCUUAUUUCAACAUUUCUGCAAUCGGUAUUUCGCUACCUAUAGACAGUGACACAGUACUGUAUAUCAGUCAAUUUAGUACAAAAGUCGAGCGCGGGCCUAAGUGUAGUUACCGAGCCCUUAGAAUAUCAUUAAAGUUUUAGAAGUGACGUUAUCUAAAUUUAACAGACACCUUCCCAAUACUGACAUUUUUUCCUGUGCUUUCGAUGUCCGUAAUAAAGGGGUUCAACUUCAUUUCUGACAUAUAAUCAGCUGGCAAAUGAGUAUCUUAGUUCAGGAUAGUUGAUAAUUUCCCGCUUUUUCGUUUGCUAUCUUAACUGUACUACCAGGUAACAGUAGAUCGAUUAACGAUUGGUCUUAUCUUUUCAUAGCAUGGGUUGGUUCCCUGGGUUACGGAUUUCUUUUCGUGAUUGGCCCCCUAACCGCUUGUCUCUGUGAACACUUUGGCUGCCGCGUUAUGGCUUGCGCGGGAAGUGUACUAACCACCAGCGCAUUGCUACUGACGUCAUUCGCCACCAAUAUCUCCACAAUGUACUUUACCUUUGGUGUACUUUGGGGAAGUGGAGGCAGUUUUCUAUUCUUCUCUGGAGUCAGCAUCCUAAGAUUUUACUUUAACAGAAAUCUUUCCUUUGCUAACGGUAUCACCAUGACUGGAGCCGGCUUCGGCACGCUUAUCUUCAAUAUCAUGUUGCAGGAACUCGACAGCACGUACGGCUGGCGCGGUGGUAUGCGCUUUUUAAGCGUGUUUGCCGCACUUACGUUCUUAAGUGGAUGUGCCUACAUUCCUCCCCCAGUAGAUUAUUCAGCGUUUGAAAGACCAAGUCUCUUGUCUAGACUGAAAAUGAUUGUUGAUCCUCGGCCUUGGAGAGACCGAGCAUUCCCCAUGUGGGUGCUGUCACUCUCGUUUAUUUUGUUUGCGUACUUCUUUCCUUACACAUAUUUGGUAAGUAACCGGUUAUGGUAUCACAUGCUAUACUCAGGUGCUAGUCAUUAGUUUAUAAAUUAAAGUAAUAAGUAUAAGGAUACAUGUCGGGCGAAAAACACCUGAUAAAUCUUUUUUCUCAAUCCCUGUAUAUUUUGAAGGUUCUUCAACACUUCAACGAGGCUGGAACUUGAUGAAUAAAAGUACUGUCCGUAAUAAAACGGGACGGUAAAAUUCCUUCAUUCUUAAAGGGAAAGCGCUGCCAAACCCUUGGAUCAACAAAACCAAAGUGAAAAAAACAUAACACAGAACAACGAUCGACAGGAGCUCAUAACCCCCGCGUUCGACAAAGUCCCUCUCUCUUACACUACGUCAUAGCUAGCGCUGUGACUAAAUUAUCUGAAGUAGCCAGGGAUUUUUUACAUUAUGAACCUUUCCUUUGGUUUUAAGAAUCAAUACAAAGGAAUCCCUAAGAUAGUAAGGAAAAUAACAAAUUACAACUUCGAUGCUUUUUUGCUUGAUACGAAUUGUAGGUCAAGAUGGCUUUAACGCUGGGCAUUCCUAUGUCACAAGGAUCCCUGUUGCUUGGUUAUCUAUCCAUAUCAGCUAUAUUCGGUAAACUCUUGUGCGGGAGAUUGGCAGACCUUCCACGAGUCAGGCGCCUCUACCUAACUGUCAUUGCUGCAACGGUUCUAAGCUUGUCCUUCAUGUGUGUCACUGCUGCCAAAACAUAUCACGGAUUGCUUGGCUUUGCGAUAGUCGCUGGAUUCUUCGACGGUUGUUUUGUUCUGACAGUACCACUUAUCACACAGGAUAUUGUUGGGAAAGAGCUUAUGACCAAAGCCUUUGGGACUAUGUACGGUGCUUUGGCAUUUCCUUUGACCUUAGGGCCACCUGUUCUAGGUACUAAAAAGAUAAACCUUUAGUGUUUUCAAGACAAAAAGACAUAUUUUUCAAUUUGUUUAACAACCUGAGUGGCUAAAAAUCACACAGGCCUUCAGAUGAAGUUUCCCAAGUGCGUAAAGCCUUAAUUUUAUUUACAAUGUAAUAGUGCGUUUGUUGAUUCACAUCGUCUUUGACCUCUUUAUCUACCUACCCCUAGUAUAUUCAUAAUUACUCACUCAAUAAGCUUUCGUCGACCCAUCAACUAAAUGGCCGGGCAGGAGUGAGUUCUCCCUGUGAAAGACUUCGGCGUUAAUUGCUUGAGGCUGAAAUCUCUGAACCCCUCUCCGUAAGAGGUUAAGUUUCCUCCCUUGCUUGUGACGGAAACAAAUUUUCUUUUUUUCAGCGAUUUGUCUGGAUGAUUUGUUUUCUCUUUACAAACACUUAUAGACUUCAUAAACUAAUAUCGCCACAGUGAAACUGUCGAUCGUUGAAGAAAUAUUGAUGUUUCUUUUUUGUUUUUCAUUUCUUAAAAGGUCAACUGUACAAGUCCACGGGUUCCUUCACGACGGUUUUCUUUGUAUCAGCUUGUUUUGUUCUGACUGGAGUAGGCCUUAUAUUUAUUGUUAUGCGGAUUCGUCCAGACCUUGUUCGGAAGCAAGAGUCUGCCAGAGAAGAGGUGUUUCCUUCGCUCAGUAUUCAUUCCGCAAGCGUCGUUGACACACUAAGUGGGAUGUUUGUCACAGAACCAAACUUGUCGGUUUCUCACUUGGAUCCCGUGGAAAUAGGGUCAUACCAACGGUUUGAUAGUUUUCGACGAGAAAAUCCUAGGGCAACUACCGUUGAUCCUGUCAUGAGAAGACUAGCAAGCAGAACAGACGUUGAAGCUGUUUAUAAGCAAGCUAUUGACAAUAUGUCUAUCGGCGCUGAAGCGUCCCGUCAUGUUCGCAACAGUUCAGAUGCUGAUUCCUUAAAAAAGACUGAUGCCUCCAUUCCAUCGCAUCCCGGCAGUGUAUUUAGUGGUUCUAUGCUACCAUCCACAGAAAUAACAGAAAAUAUAGAUUCCCCUUCGGAUUUACAACCUACCCUUAGGAAAAGACAAGAAUUACCAUUAUCAUCCGAAACUUGCUCUACUCUAGUAAAUAAAGACAGCAUUAUCUUGUCUAACAAGGAAGGGCUCAAAAUACCUAUCAAUGUUGAGGCAGGUUUACAAGAGGAUAACGAAAUGAAUCAAAAUGAUGUCGAGCAGCAGGAAUUGUCUUUAACAAAUGAUACAUUUUCCAUUGUAACCACCCACUCCAUUGACCCACAGACUGCUGUGCUACAAAAAUGGCCCACGCAGGAGGAUGAACCCGUGUUUGGUGCUACACUAGAUGAGAAUAUUUCUGUUCCAUGUAAUAGAGACCAGCUGCUGCAGAUGGAACUGUCAGACAAUAGAGAAAUAGUUGAUGAUAUCAUGGAUUCAGUCACAGAUGAUGAACUGGUUAGGCUUGCUCCGCCUCCAGAAAGCAACAGUAAAAAAAGAGCAGCUCAAGAUGAAGAGGACGAGACUAGCGACUUGGCUAUCGAACCAUUUCUACAUAAACUUUUUCAGGGUAAAAUAGUUGACAAUGAUGCGUCGGGCGGAGAAAAAUUUCAAGAUAGUAGUCUAAGUGCGGGGAAAGAGAUACACUCUUGUAACAGAGAAGAUGCUAUACAAGAAGAAACCCUUGACGUCAAUGAGGUGCUCGAAAUUGUCCGUAUUCCACCGCCACCCGCAAUUCCGCGAACAGGACAGUUAGUAGCGGUAGAAAGUGAAACAAUCAACGCCCACAAAGAUGUCGAUUUGGCAGAGAGUAUUUGUACAUCAGCAGGUCAUGGUACCUCCCUUUCCGAGAUAAAAUUGGAUGAUUGCCAAAAUGAUUUUGCUGCUGAUUCUUCUUCGUCAAAAGAUGUAACUAUCACACAACCAAAAGAAAGACUUCAUCUUGCGGUUAUUGACCAACUUAGUUUGUUAAGUGAGAGACUUGAGGCAGUCGCUGCUCGCCAGAUCGAGGAAGAAGAAUUAGGAGGUGAGGCUGGAGACGAACAGGACCCUCGCCCUGUUUUCUCGCCAGCUUUGCAGAGUUUGCCUUUAACGCCACGUUAUUCGGCAAAUCACAGUGUACCUCUGACCCCAGUUCGUGCAUGGUCAAAUUCCGUCAACACGCCGGCACCAACACCAUUACAUACUCCUCCAAGUACUUUCCACACAACAGCACCAACCCCUAUCCCAACACCGCGACCCGUAUCACAGAACUUAUCAGCUGUUUUCAAUGUUGCUUCACUAACUGAAACACCAAGCGCGAUGCAUCCAGAUUCAAGUGAAGAGGUCCAUACUUUUAAUCAAUCCCCUCCACAGGAAGGUCUAACUCGACAUCGUAGCAGAUGUUCGUCUUUCUCGGAAGCUGGGCAGGAGUAUGUGCUCAAUGAAUGGAGUCAUUUGGAACAAAGAGACACUGAAGGAUCCAUGGAUGCAUUCCCCUCAAAACCGUCAAGUGGAACAAAUUCUUCGACUUCAAAUAAUGCAAGAUCGCUGAAUGAUUUGAACAGUGUUAGUGAACCUAUUGACGUCAUUGGCAGGAAAGAAAAUGAGCGUCUCGAUGGACACUGGAAUUCUCCCGCGAAUCCUGUUUCAGAUCAAGGGCUUGAUUAUACCCCUCCCAUUUGUCUACCACAACAGCCAUUUAUAAAACCCCCUCGAACAAGGAAUCCGUUCCAGCAAGCACUUUUGGAUGGAAACCAAAUGGAACUUCAAGCAAGUCAAGUGGAUAUCCUCACGUCGAGCAAAGUGGAAAACACCAUUGCUUGGCAUCAAAAUCUGUCCAUUGAACUGGAAAAAGAAGGAGAAAAACCCAACAAUGAAACACCAGAAUGUUUGCCACAAAAAACAGUGUACCUACCAUUGAGCACCAACGAUAUUGAAGAAAGCCUAGAUCAACCACUUCCUACGGAGCUACUAUCAGAUACGGUGCACAAAGGACUUCAAAAUAACGGUACAAACAUUACGCAGUCUUCUCCCCCUGGCGAUGGUGACGUUCUCCAGCGAGACACGGUUAAUGGAUCCGAAUCGCAAGUAUAUUUAUCUCAUGAGUUAGCAUCAUAUGCAGUUACUGAUGCAAUAAAGGAAACUCAAAUAAAGCUAAGUUCAGAGGAAUCAAGAUUAAACCCAUUUUUGGGCAAUGAUCAAAACCAAACGACAGAGUUUUCUCAGCAAAAUCGAUAUCAACAAUGCCAGGCUUAUUGUUCAGCUUUCGUUCCAUCUGAGCCUCAAAGUCUCUUCACAUCAAACUGGGUUGCGAUGCCAAUGCAACAAAAUCGUUUGGAUUCAAACUCUGCGGGUCCCACGUCAAAUCCAUUUGGUGAAGAACUUCAAAGGAAAACCAAAGAUUUUUUUCAAGACAUCUCUCAGAGGGCUUCGUUACAACAGCAUGAGGAUUGUUCAUCCGCGGGAGAUCCUGGCGAGCUCAAACUCACCACCCAAAAUCAUGAAAAGUCAAUAACUGCAGUUCCUGUGCAAGACAACGCCAAAGACAGUAAGGUCGAUUUUACCCCAAGGGAGGCUCAGAGUUUGUCAAAGUUGGACUUUCAUCAACAGAUAGGAGGACUGCCUUGCCAAUACGACGAUACUGAAAAUCUGGUUGAUCAACAAGUUAUUUCUAAUCAAAUACAUUUGGUGAAAGUGAAAGAAGAUGUACCUGUAAAUCCCACAGAACUGAAAGUUAAUCUUUCAGAAGGCUCACCCAUACCCCUUGAAAACGCCAAGAAGGAAGUCAAACACACGGUAACUAGCCAAAGUACUUGGACAACGUUUUCACGCAGCGAGGAUGCCUUAAUUUUUGACAUGGACACGGAAAGCGAAUCUACCUCUGAAAGUACAGAAAAGCUAGAGAACGAAUCAACGAGCUCAUCCGUCGAAAUGAAGCACGAACAUCAAGCAUCUCUUGGAGAGUUUGCUGACCAAAAUACCUUGUUUCCCCCGCUGAAGGUGUUCUCUGAUUUAGGCGACAGCAAUCUCUUUAAGAGGCCAGGAGAUCCUGAGAAACUUCCACCACCGCCUAAACAAGCCCAACGAAAACGAAAUGACAUUUUUUUUCUAGCCAACUCAGAGCAUGCGUGUUCUAACAGUCACCAUGGUCAUCUAAGGCAAGAGAAGAUAGCCACGCAAACCGAGUCUAUAAUUCAGGAAAGUGCUACCGCUAAAUCGCAUUCUGUAGCUAGUGGUGGAGAUUUGUCUCCCACAUUAAACUCUCUGAGCGACAUCACAUCGGAUGUUCUGAGUGACUCUAAAGCUGCCGAACAAAUGCGUGAUGCAUGCUCUAAGAAAUUAAGUGACAACUCAAUAACUGAAGAAAUAUGUCGCGAGUUUGAAUUCACUGAAGGUAGUGGUGAUAUCCUUUUCAGCGAAGAAUUUAAUAACUCUAAUCCAGACGAGGACUUAGCUAAAUCUUCAAUCCACGACGACAUAGCGCCUCUUCUAAUGCAAAAUGAGGGGUCUAUACAGUAUUUGAAUCUUCGCGACUUACCCGAGAACAGUCACGUUCUUCAAAAACGACCAUCGACAACCUCAUCUACAGAUGAUUCAAGCACCAGCGGCACCUCUACAGAUUCAAGUUUGUCGGAAACUGAGAUAGUGCCUUAUAGUAAAUUGCAAGAAGAAUCGCCGUUGAAGGGUCAUGGGUGA